AUAGCAGGCGAGCGCUAAAGUGGGUUAGCUACUGCGAACCUCCAGCGACUUCCCGCGCCAGUGAAUCAGAACACGACACAAGCUUGCAGCAAUACUGUUGUCGGUACAAAAUGCCAAAAUCCAAGGAAGUUGUUUCUACUUCUUCUGGAAGUGAUUCAGACAGUGAAGUAGAGAAGAAGGCAAAGAGGAAGAAGCCAGCAACCCCUGAGAAGCCAGCAAAGAAACAGAAGAGUGGUGAGAGCUCAAGAGCUGGGGCUUCAUCCAGGAGUGGAAGUGAUAAGGAUGAAAACAUGUUUCAGAUUGGGAAGAUGAGGUACGUCAGUGUCCGAGACUUCAAAGGCAAGGUCCUGAUUGACAUCCGGGAGUACUGGAUGGACCAGGAAGGUGAAAUGAAGCCUGGAAAAAAAGGAAUUGCUUUGAACCCAGAGCAGUGGAACCAGCUUAAGGAACAGAUCUCUGAAAUCGACGAUGCGGUGAAGAGAAUAUAACCAAAAGGGUUCAGAUGUGGAGCUUGCUUUUUUUUUAGAUCUUAACCACCAACUUUUACACUGGCAUAAUGUUUUCUAAAGGAUGGGAUUCUUUUUUAAAAUAAGACUACAUUGUGUAUAUUUGCAAUUUAAGUAUCAUUUGAAUCUUUGCAUGCAUGUUCAUCCUAGUAUGUGAAAAGCAAGGCAGGAGGUUGUAGUUUUCUUGGAUUGGUUACAUUUGGGAGGGGUGGUGGGGGAUUGGGUGGAGAAGGGGGAAGAAAUGUUCCUCGUACACAAUAAAUGCGAUAAGAGGCGCCAGAAUUUUUCCUUUCUGUAAUUUUUUGUCCGAGUUGUUUACUCCACUGUUUUUUGGGACUGUUAUAUAAUCACAAGGUUAUAUGGAAAUACAUUGGGUUUGUACUGAAAACAAUUGUAUGGUCUCUUCUCUGUGUAAAUGGCCUUUCACAUCA